UUGUUGCUUUCUGCAAAAGAUUUUUAAAAAAGGUGGUUAACUCCGUAAUGAAAAUAAAAAUAUAUAUUUAUUUAUUUUUGCGUGAUGGCGAUUGUGAUGACGGUGAUGUUAGUGGUGCAUUAAUGCUUCCACUUUUACCACUAGAAGUAGAAGUACGCAGCGAUACUCGAA